AUGAAGAGGACCAUCCGAUGGUAUUGGACCCCAUUGACUCCUUCGACAGACUUCUUAUCCCGUCUCUUGUUGCAGACAGCUUUGGGUCGGCAUCGCCUCACUCGCCAUUUGAUCAGGUGGGCACCGCUCCUGGCGCCACAUGAUCCUACUGCUCUUCAUGCAGCUCUGGCAGAUGCUGAACGAAGGCUGGAGGAAGUAACGAGUCUACUUACACAAGAGAGAGCCGUCUGGGCUGAGAAGGAGCAAGCCUGGCAAGCGCGAUCUGCGGCUUGGAAGCAAGGGAAUUGGAUUGGUCAGACUCGUCAAGACACAGGAGAGGACGACAUUGAAAAGACGAACAACGCCUUUGAGACUGAAGAGGAGGAGGAAGAUGGAGAGUUCGAAGACCUUGGGGAGCUGUUCAUAUUAUGCGCCAAUCUGAAGCAGCUGGAAAGGGAUAAGGGGAGAAUGAUGGAGGUUCUAGCAGUCACGACGCAGCGGCAGCCGGACUACCAUCAGGAGCCAUGUAACGUGGAUGAUCGAGAGCAGAGUCAGGGAGAUGAUACCGGACUACUGGCACAAGCUAGCAGCAGGAUCACAGAACUCGUGGAAGAAAAGCAAGUGCUGCAGGGUAGACUCGAUGAAGCUUUCAAGACGAUCUCCGAGCGAGACAUGCACAUCUUACACCUCGAGGAAUCCACUGAAGACCAUCUGCAAGCGCUCUAUAUCCAGCUCGCGAAGCUACAGAGUAGUUUGGCUCCGGCCCGAGAAGGAUAUGUGAAUGGCAGCCUUGAGGUUGACUGA